AAACAUUUUGCCCUUCCGUGAGAUCCGAGGAGUACUACUGAGAAACACUGCAUAGUCCUGAACCACACGAUUUCUCCAAACUCUUUGUGCAAGAAGUACAAUAGAUACUUUACCGAGCAAAGAGAGAGAUGGGAAGGACUAUUUUGCUGCUGAUUUUGACAACCACCCUGGCAGGGGUGUCACAGAGUGAGACGGGCUUGCUGAGACAGAAAAGACAGAUUUCUAAUUUCCCCUACCGAAAAAGAUCAGGUGGCCUCUGUCGUCAUGGUGGCACCUCUGUCCCUGCCCUGUCCGGAGAACACAUGUUCUGCUUAUGCACAGUUGGUUACGGUGGCAAACACUGUGAGUUAGAUACAGCAGCCUCCUGCUACACGGGAACUGGGAUGUACUACAGAGGCAAAGUGUCUCAGUCAGAGAGUGGGCGCAGGUGUGUGGGGUGGGACCUGGACACCAGAAAACGCCUGAUGGGGUCUGACGUCUACUCCGGGAGGCACAACUACUGCAGGAAUCUGGAAUACAAACGUCGUCCGUGGUGUUAUGUAAUGAAGGGUGUGGAGCAGGUACAGGAAUACUGUGAUAUCCCUCGCUGUGGCGUACCUGUGGAGACAGGUCCACUUGAUGAUCUGCCCACCGAGCCCACUGAGCCCACUGUACCAGACACAGCGUCCAGUCUGACAGAGUCCACGUGUGGCCAGCGUACCAGGAAGCAGAUGAAGAUCGUAGGAGGGACAGUUGCCGCUGUGGAAUCCCACCCGUGGAUGGCUGCCAUAUUCUGGAGGAGCCGUCAGUCUAAAGAGAACGUGUUCCGCUGUGGGGGAAGUCUGAUCUCUCCCUGCUGGGUUCUGUCUGCUGCCCAUUGCUUCCCUGACAGCUCUCAAACUAAAGCCUGCAGCCUCUUCGUCACUCUGGGGAAGAGUGCCAUCAAUGAGACUGACGACACCAAAGAACAGACCUUUCAGGUGGAAGAGGUCAUCGUGCACGCAGAGUUCGAAAACAGCGAAGGCAACUUCAACAAUGACAUCGCUCUACUGAAGUUAAAGGCUGUAGAUGGUCAGUGUGCAGUGGAGAGCAGCUCUGUGAGGACUGUCUGCCUGCCCCCGGCACGCCAGGCCCUCGGCGCGGGAUCCUCCUGUGAGAUAGCAGGCUACGGAAGACAGAAGGAGGGUUUAUGGUACAAUUCACAGUACCUGAGGGAGGCAACGGUAAACAUUUUGGCCCAUGACGUCUGCUCAGAUAAGGCGUACUACGGAAACCUGAUCACAGAAAACAUGUUCUGUGCUGGGAGACCGGACUGGAGUCAAGAUGCGUGCAAGGGUGAUUCCGGAGGACCCAUGGUGUGCGAGGUGGAUAAUCUAAUGUUCCUUUUUGGAAUCGUCAGUUGGGGCGAGGGGUGUUCUAGAACCUUACGACCAGGCGUGUACACAGCAGUGACCAACUACAACAAGUGGAUAGAAGAAAAAACAGGCUUGUCCUCCAUCGCCUCAGGGUCUAUGUACCCACAGAAAUAACCUCCUCAGGGUCUAUGUACCCACAGGAAUGACCCCCUCAGGGUCUAUGUACCCACAGGAAUGACCCCCUCAGGGUCUAUGUACCCACAGAAAUGACCUCCUCAGGGUCUAUGUACCCACAGGAAUGACCUCCUCAGGGUCUAUGUACCCACAGGAAUGACCUCCUCAGGGUCUAUGUACCCACAGAAAUGACCCCCUCAGGGUCUAUGUACCCACAGGAAUGACCUCCUCAGGGUCUAUGUACCCACAGGAAUGACCUCCUCAGGGUCUAUGUACCCACAGGAAUGACCUCCUCAGGGUCUAUGUACCCACAGAAAUGACCCCCUCAGGGUCUAUGUACCCACAGAAAUGACCCCCUCAGGGUCUAUGUACCCACAUAAAUAACCCCCUUAGGGUCUAUGUACCCACAGAAAUGACCUCCUCAGGGUCUAUGUACCCACAUAAAUAACCCCCUUAGGGUCUGUUAUAGACACUAUAUCAUGUUGUAUAAUUGUACAUAUAGGAAUAUAAGUAUUUUAACUACUGAAAUGUAAACAUAUUUUUGUACUUCUGUCUUUUUCAAAAAGGGCAACAAUAAAUAAUUUUUUAUAUUA